AGUGCUAAUUUUCUCGUGUGCCGUGUGCUUGUGUUAGUUAGGUGCCCUCUCUCUCCAUCUCUCUCUCUCCCUCUCUCUCUGUCCUGAUAUCCUGUACUGAGCCCGGAAUGUGGGAUAACUAGUACAAGGCAACACCUGCAACUCUCACUCGGAGUGUAUCUUGUAGGGUCUCCCCCGCUAGUAGCUGUCACUCUGUACCGUGAGCUUUAUCCCUCACUUCAACCCAGUAGUCUCUCAUUUCUGUAGUCUACAUAGAUCUCUACCAGUGAGCUCUGCGCAGCCACCCGUCAAGCGCAUGAUUUGGAGCUUUCUUUGCAAGGGUGGCAUCGUCUACAAGAAAAUGGAGGAUCGUCAGAGAACUGCGUCCAUGUCCACGCAUAGGAGCAACCAGGAAGAAUCUAAAUCACCGAAAAGUCGCCGGAGAAACACUAUCAGUAUUACAGAUUUUGCUCGGACUAGGCCAAGUCGAGCUGGAAAGAAGAAUAAAACGGUGUCAUGUUUGAUUGAAACGGUAUCGGAAUCCAGUAAUGUUUACACGCAGCCAGCGAUCAGUCAGAUUAUUGAGGAAAUCAAGGUGUCGAAGUUUUGCGAGUUUCACAGCCGGCACGCAGCCUACCAUUUAGCACACAACGUGCACUUGUUCAUGCGAGACCACAGCCUCCCCCCGCCAGUCACACAGUCACACUUCAUGGACAAGUUCCUUGAAGGUUUCAGAACUCAUUUCGAGUCUGGUUAUCGAUUAGCACAAACGGGGGCCAGUGAGGAGUUGAAGUGUACAGACGAUACGUGCUGUAAAUCUGAUAUCAAGAGCAGCAAGCUCAAGCAGAUCAAGGACCUCGUCUUUGGGAAAACACAGUGGAGUGAUGUGAACGGACAGGCUUUGUGCAGUUCCAACAUCAUCAGAGUGGGCUCAGUCAGUCUGCUGACAGAGAAGGCAAACGAGUUCUGUUGGAAGAAGAUCUGGUUGCUGCUGACACACACAGAGGCUGGGAACAUGCUCUACAUCUACACCAACAAGAGCGAACAGCCGACAAAAGCUGUCAAAUGCUGUCAAUUAAAAGAGGUCCGACCGACCAGGACAAUCGAGGAGAACAGCACGCUCUCCAAGAUAGCGUUCGUCAUCAAGAUCCAGCAAGCGGAGGAAUACAUUCUGCACGCUCAGAGUAAACAUCAGAGGAAUGAUUGGGUCCGGCAGAUCAGAUCUCUUAUUCCUACUGAGGGAAACGAUAUGGACGACCUUAGCGAUUCAGAUGGGGAAGAAGACGGAAGAUCGAAUACAGGAUUUUCAUCAGCUAGUACUGGCAGUCACUCGACCAGCACAUCUGAUUCCCUGGAAACAGCGUUUGAAACACACAUGGAGAUCAACGAAUUCAGAGCAGUCUCAGAACACGAGCUGCUUUCAGAACGCAGAAUCCCCAAACCCAACUCCUACUCCUCCCUGCCUCAGUCUACUCAGAAAGAUCACAGCUGGCACCGUAGGUUCCGAACACCCUUUCACCGGGGUGUAGCACGUGAGGGAGACGCUGCGCCGCACCAGUCCCUCAGCUUGCCCAGCUCUCGACCGGGAUCCCGUCACUCACGUUCAAGCAGUCCCGAUUGUAUCACGAAGCAGAGGUCUAACUCACUUCGUCACGAGAGCAGGGAAGCCAGGAAUCACGUGUUCAUGCCGAGUUCCAACUCGUUACCAGGCCGGGAACACCAGGUUCAGUUGACGCGACACACCUCUCACGGCAGUGACAGCAGCCUCCCCAGCGGGACUAGCUCCCAACACAACUCCCUAAACAGGGUGUACAGUGCCCCCGCUACUGCCCCCAGUAACGAGACACCAGGGGAGGUUAGACCCAUUACCGAGACCGUGGUUACUCCACCUCAGCCCGCCGAGGAGGAAACUCCACCCACCACCUACACUCAGUAUCAGCCUCAAGUUCGACACACCAUGCCUCGUAACACUCCUGGGAACCCGCCUCGUAUAACCCGCGUCGUCCCUCGUCUCCCAGCCUCCUACUCGACCCAUACCUACACCAAUAUCCCACCCUCGCCCACCACCACGGCUUGUUCCACCCCUUCCACCAUCACUCCCUCCACCUCAGUCAGCGAGGACUGGACCGACCAUGGAAAACAAGAGCGACAUGCUGUACCCCCUCUUAAGAAAGACUGUUUAGUUGUUCACAGCAAACUCGACACUAUGGGCACCUUGCUCACCAUGCCCUGGUUCCAUAGCCAGAUAUCGCGCACCGAGGCCGCUUCUCACGUCACCAUGGGGGGCAUCGACACCCACGGACGCUUCCUCAUUCGCAAAUCCGACACUAAACAAGGAGAACUCGUCCUUACGUUCAACAACGAAGGAGCCGCCAAGCAUCUGCGAAUGAAGGUGACGGAAACGGGGUGCCAAAUCCAGCACCUCAGUUUUGGGAGCGUUGAAGAAAUGAUCGAACACUUCAAAAGAAACCCAAUUCAGUUGGACAACACGACCCUCGAUACUUCGUGUCACGAGGUGUAUCUCAGCGACUUCAUACCCUCCGAUCUUCAAGACGAAGGGACACCAGUGCCAUCCGUUUCAACAUCAUUCUUCCCACAAAAUGUACCAGAGCGGGGCGUGACAAGUUCGCCAAGUGAGCGGCCCCCGAGUCUGUCCCCGAUCGAUCGUGGUGUCCUUUCUCCCGUGGACAGACCUCGCAGCAGAACGCCACCAGCACGACCCCCUCGUAAUGACCAACGGGUUUACAAGGGCACUUCUUCAAGAGUGUAGUUGCUCAACAGUACCGCAUUGAUUUGCGAUUCAAAAACUUUAUUCAGAUUCAGAUAUAUUAGGAAACUGCUUGACGAAGUUUCAGCAGGAUUUGACGUCCAACCGCUUCAGUAGGGCGUGGACCCGGGACUAUUUAUUAAAACUGUAUGGAAAGCGCGGACAUGAUUUGGUUGAUGAAAACGCGCUUUUUUAGUGCUACAUGAGUGCCGUGCAGGCUUGCGCGCACUGUAGAAAUUUGUUACAACGACAAGGAUUGUUUUCUUUUCUGGAGGGCGUGUUUGCACGCACAAGUAUUUCGACCAGGGUGUUGAGUAAAUACACGAAUUAAAUCUUAAUUAAACGACUGAUUUAUAACUCCGAAACAGUGAUAUUUGUAUUAAAACAUAAUGGAUCUAACUUUUAGGCUCUUUUAUAUCAAAAUUUUGAGUCUUGUUUUUUAUUCUCACUAACGCACCCGUCCUUUAAUGUUCAUUCAUGUUAGAUUGUUGUCUUUCAUUAAAGUACAAUUGAAACAAAA